UGGUGGACGCCGAGGGCGACGUACUGCGCGGCCUGCAGGUGGUGGAGCACUGCUGCAGCAUCACGAGUCUGCAGCUGGGCGAGACGAUGCCGGGCGUCUCCAAAGACAUGGACACGCUGUCGUACCGUAUCCCCUUGGGCGUGUGCGCCGGCAUCACGCCCUUCAACUUCCCCGCCAUGAUCCCGCUCUGGAUGUUCCCCACUGCUGCCGUGUGUGGCAACACGUCCAUCGUCAAGCCGUCCGAGCGUGACCCGGGCGCCUGCAUGCUGCUGGUGGAGCUGUUAAAGGAGGCGGGCAUGCCGGACGGUGUUGUGAACGUGAUCCACGGCGAGCACGAGGCGGUCAACUUCAUCUGCGACAACCCCGACAUCCGCGCCAUCUCCUUCGUCGGCUCGGACGUGGCUAUCUAG